ACAGCAGAAAGAGCACUUAGUAGGAAACCACCAAGCCGAGCAACCCAUCCGAAGAACCCCAUGUUCAUCAUCUCAAUCACUCCCACCAAGCCAAGAAGGAAAACUCGAUGGUCUAUCCUCACCCUCCUCGUCAUCUGUCUACCCCAGACACUGAUUAUCGCACUCAAGCAACAACCACAGCCACGAUCGUACGACUCUCAUGCCUACUACGUCAUCGAAACCACACCCACCAGCUCAGGACCAUCAUCAGAUCCAAUCUCAGGCCAAUCGAUCGCACAAGACCUGGCAGACAGACUGGAUACCGAGUUCGUCGAGCGAGUCGGCGAACUAGAGAACUUUUGGCUGAUCAAAGCACCCAAGACUAGGGUCGAACGAGGCUAUCAACUAUUCAUCGACCCCUCCUCAUCUCAUCAUCAGCUUCAUCCUCGGAGUCUUCCAGAAAAAGAAAACCCUCAACCAAAACAACCACGUGACUCAGUCCUCGAACACUUCCAACUCAUCAGACGCUCGGCACAUGACCCACUCCUCGAAUCUCAGAUCAACCACUUCGAUCACAAAUCACGUCAGAAACGAUCCCUACCCAAAUCAACACUCUCAGCACGCCAUCUCGCAUACUCGAUCAGAUCCCUCGAGCGCCAAGUUUUACGCCAACGUCACAAACGGGACCUGAUCUAUGUACCCACCCCAAAUGGACCGGCACCACUCUCUCCCCGUCAGACCGUCUCAAGACCUACCAAGGGAGGGAAGAUCCUCAGCCCCUCCCAGCAAGUCGCCCGGCAAUUCAAUAUCUAUGACCCUCUCUGGCCGAAACAGUGGCAUCUCGUCAAUGAUGUCAUCCACAAACAUAUGAUCAAUGCAACCGGUGUUUGGGAGAUGGGAAUCACCGGUAAGAACGUCACCGUGGCGAUCGUCGAUGACGGCAUAGAUAUGUCAUCCGAUGAUCUCAAAUCUAACUUUUUCGAGGCAGGUUCAUGGGAUUAUAAUGAUCAUACACCACUACCCGAACCACGUUUACCCGAUGAUCUACAUGGGACGAGAUGCGCCGGUGAAAUCGCAGCCGUACGGAAUGAUGUCUGUGGGGUUGGGGUAGCCUUUGAUGGGAAAGUGGCUGGGAUCAGGAUCCUGUCGGCGUCGAUCAGUGAUGCCGAUGAAGCAUCGGCACUGAACUACGGUUAUCAAGAGAACCACAUCUAUAGCUGCAGUUGGGGUCCACCAGAUGAUGGGAAGAGCAUGGAGGCACCCUCUCGAUUGAUCUUCAAGGCUAUGCUCAAUGGAAUCCAAAAGGGUAGAGGCGGCAAAGGUAGCGUGUUCGUCUUUGCUAGCGGAAACGGCGGGGCUGUCGAUGAUCAGUGCAAUUUCGACGGUUACACGAACAGCAUCUAUUCGGUCACGAUUAGCGCGAUCGAUCGACAGGGACUCCAUCCAUACUACUCUGAAGUUUGUUCUGCUAAUAUGGUGGUCACCUAUUCUUCUGGUAGCGGUGAUAACAUCCAUACGACUGAUGUAGGUAAGAACAAAUGCACCGAUCGACAUGGAGGGACCUCGGCAGCAGCCCCAUUAGGCGCUGGUAUCUUUGCACUUGUCUUACAAGCCCGACCUGAUCUGACAUGGCGGGAUGUACAGUACUUGGCAGUCACGACGGCGAUUCCAUUCAGCUUGGAAGACCCGGACUGGCAAAAGACGGCCAGUGGACGACUGUACAACCAUAAGUUUGGAUUUGGGAAUAUGGAUGCCUAUCAGAUCGUCCAAGCAGCCAAGACGUGGAAGUUAGUCAAGCCACAGGCAUGGUGGACGAGUGCCAACGUCAAUGCUCACAGUCAGCCGGUCACUGCCCAAGGAGCUAAUGCGACCAUCGUCGUCAGCCAGGCCGAUCUUGACGGGGCCAACUUUGAAUCUUUGGAACACAUCACCGUUGCAGUGAACAUCAAACAUACUCGAAGGGGGAACGUUCGGGUGUUACUGAUCAGUCCGCAUGGAUCGGUGUCGAUCCUGGCGGCCCAUCGACGGUACGACGAUGCCUCAACAGGCUUCCCAGGAUGGGUAUUCAUGACUGUCAAACAUUGGGGCGAGAAUCCGGUGGGGGCAUGGACGUUGAGUGUACAGGAUCCGAUCGGGGCGCCGGACACGAAUGGGACGUUUGAGGACUGGGCGAUGGGUAUGUGGGGCGAGUGCAAGGACCCAACGAUCCAGAAGCUGUUCAAGAUGCCCGACGAUGCCGAGAUCCUGCUGCCACCAAGUCCGGUCUCCGGCGUUGCCCUGGAGACGGUUAUGCCGGGAUUGAGUUCGAGUGUGUUUGGCGCGGCGGCGACGCCACCGCCAGUGCCCCUGAAGAACCCGCCCCCGCUGGUCUCGGACACAAGCAUGGGGUUCUCGAAAACAAAGUCAUUCGUCAAGCCGACGGCUCAUCUGCCAGCCGAUCAUGCUGGCAACACGGGUGCCCCAGGAGACGUGGUAACAGGGAUGGGGAGCAUGUCGGGCUACCUGAAGGGGAAGUCUUCCUGGGUCUUUGUCGCCUUCGGGAUCGCGAUUGUCCUCGGCGGCUGUCUGUGCGGCUGGUUCUUCCUCCUUCGCAUGCGGCGCCGGCAUGAUCGGGCGCGCUUCCAGAACGAGGUUGACCAGGGUGAUCAGGGUGUCGGGCUUCUCUCCGGUGCCCGGCGUCCCGGCGGCCUCUUCCAGCAGGUCCUCGGCAAAGCCUCGACCAGACGUGGCAACGGAUACGGCUUUGAACCGGUUGCUGGCGAGGAGGACCUUCCGAUGCGCUCGUUGGGCCGAGGGCCACUGGAUAAACAUCCAAAACCUGGUCUGUCCAAGCCUAAAUCGACAACUAAAGACCUUUAUGACGCUUUCGGGAAUGUCUCUGGUUCCGAGGACGAGAGCGAUAACGAGAACGUCGAUGGAAAACAACAGAGGGAAGACCUUAAGAAGACUCGCGCAGCUCCUUAUAACGAUAUCGAUGUCGACGACGAAUAUAUGGACUCAUUCUUGGAGGACCCUGAUGUUAACUCUCCUCUCGCUUCUCGAACCUCACCUACUGAUGAUAAUAAUGAUCAAAUAAACAAUCAUGACGACGAGGAUGAUCUACAGGAUCUAGAAGAUUGAUUGCUUGAAAUCAUUCUUUGUCAUCUUUUUACUUGUCAACUAAUCUUCCUGUUUACGACCUAAUGAAUAUUUCUGGAAAAGGUUGGUCUGUUUAUCUUUUUGAUUCAUCAUUACUCCCACUCCUCUUUACUCCUUUCUUUUUUCUUCUUAUAAUUAAAAAAGUGAUGAGUUGAAUUAAUUCGCUCCAUUAGAGCUCAAACAAGCAAAAAUCUUCAAAAAUCUUGUUGUCCUAGACUUCCUUUGUUUGCUUCAUCCGGAUGUUUUUUCCGAUUUAUAGAAGAGGGUAUUUAUAUAUAAUAACUGUAUUUAGACCUAGAACAAAACCCCCCCUC